AUGCAUUUCAAUAGUAACGAAAAAGGGUUCCAUAACAAUGGUCUGAUCUACAAAAACAUAGAGAGAAUAGACAUUUUUGAUGUGAAAAAGGCUACAACGGAAAAUGGAGAACCCAUAGAUUAUUUACAAUUUUUAAGUAAAAAAAAUUGCUUGAAGAAGAUAGAAAGCGUGCUAAGCAGACACGUUAUAAAUAGCCAAAUAGUGAUAACUAAUUUUGCAGAUGAAUCAGAUGAACUUAUAAACUGUGAAUAUAUGUAUGAAACCGUUUUAAGAAAUAAAAUGUGUUUCUUUUUAAAAAAUGUAUAUUUAUCAAGUUUUUUUACGAAUGAUUACAUGAAUUAUAUCCGUAAGAAUUAUAACCAAACAUUGUUAUCCCUGAAUUGUAAAUAUGACAACAAAAUAUACAUGAACAAUAACUUUGUCUAUUUAUGUGUUAACGAUUUGACAAAGUUAAGAUUAACUUCUCACAGAAAUAUAUAUAAAGAUAGGUUCAAACAGAACCACGUCGUUGUUUUAGAUAUUUGCAAUGAGGAAAAGGUAAAUACUACACACGACCAUGUGGAAAGGAAGAAAUGUGGAACCCCAAAUCAGAAAAAGGGUAAUGAACCAGGUAGAAAUUUAAAUGAAAAUAUAAGGAAUGAAUCUAGUACCCAGAAUAAAAUCUUAGGAGAAAUGAAUUUUAUUUCUCAUAAGUUGAACCAAAAAAAGGAAGAUAAAAAAAUUUCAGAUAAUUUGGAUAAAAAAUGGAGCACCAGUAUUUCGCCAAAAUUGAGAAAGAAAUAUGAAGAUUUUUUCACAGAUAUACACACAUAUCCAGUAGAUUUAUUGGGUUUAUACAACUAUGGAAAGGAUUAUAAAACAUUUUGUGAAAGAUUAAAAAAUGUUUUAACUCUUAACGGGUCUAAGGAUGCAGAAAUUUAUGCAGUCCAUGUGCAAUGUCAUGAAUGUUUUUACGAAGAAAGUGGAUAUACUUCCGUUCUGAAAAAUCGCACACGUGAUGAAGUAUCUCCAAACAAACAAUCCAAUGUUGAUAAUUGUUAUAAUAUUGGAAACAACCCAACGAAUACUUUAUUCAGUGAAUUUAACAUGAGUAAUGUUGCAGAUAUUUAUAAAAAUAUUUUUUUCAACUCAUCUUCAAAUGAAACAGCAAUAAAUGUAAACAGUUUAACGAAUUUUUACAACAUGUAUGGUUUGAAUAAUGGUGAUUGUGACAUCAUAGUAAGUUCAAGCGAUUCAGCAAACAAUCAUGCAAGACAGACGUUAGGUAUAAAAAACGAAUUAAACUAUAUGGAUAUACCAACAAGGAAGAAUUGUAAUGAGGAACCCUUGUCUUAUGAACUCAAUAUGAAUUAUAUAGAGAAGGAAUUCCUUUCCAGAAUUUUCCCACCCCCAAAGGAAACGUGUGAAAUAAUGAAAAAGGAUUAUAUUAGCCUCAAUGAUAUGGACAUGUGCAAGUAUAAUGGAGUGGUAGAUAUAUACGAUUUGAUAUCUUUAAAUAAAUCAAAUAAGAAAAAGAAAGUAUACAACAUAAAUGGUAAAACAUUUUACGUUAAUUACAAAUCUUGUAGUAGCAGUGAAGUGAGUCUAAGCUGCAUUCGAAGCACCAAUUCUGGUACAACUAAAGGGGUAACAUCAAAUGAACAAAAAGGUUCUAACAUUUUAAAUACUUCAACAAGAGGAAAAAAUUUGAGAGAUUAUGUAAAAGGAGGUUAUCAAAAAAAGGAAUAUUUCCAGAAUUAUGGAAAUAAGGCAUGGGACGACCAAUGCACUCAAAAUUUUUCUCAAAGAGAAAAUGAAAAAAAUAAAAAAGUGUAUAACAUAAAACCUCGAAUGGGCAUAAAAUCGAUAAAAACUGAGAGCAGUGAUUUAGAACGAGCGAAAUUAAAAAAAAUUGACAAAGUUUUGAAUUUUUUAAAAAAACACAAGAACUACUAUUACAAGAACAAUGAACGUAUGUUACAAAGAGAAUAUCUUUACAAGCUUGUCAGCAACAUGUCAGAUGCAGAUGCUAGGAGCGUAACCAAAAGAAAGGAGAUGCCAAAUGAAACCAAGUGGAAUAGAGAACAGAAAUAUGACGAAUUUGUAAGUUACCUAAUUGAAUAUAUAGGAAAAAUCCUGCUGGAUAUAAAAAUAAAUUACAAACAUAACGAAAAUAUGCUUAUUAAAAAAGAAAAAAAAUUCUAUAAAAUCCAGAAAAUAAUGUUUAGCAAUGGCAUAAUCAGUAAUUGCACUGUUCGUAAUGUAUGCAACUACCUUAUUGGCAAAUUAGUUAAUAAAAAAUAUAGAGAUAAACGAAAGCUCUGUUAUGUUUUGUCCAUAUUUGGACAGUACUACAGUUUUAUCAAUUCUGAUAAAUAUUCACAGGAAACGUGCAGUCAGGUUUCCAGCCAUCUAUUUUUUUUCAGUUCUCCUAAGACAAUAUAUAUAAUGAUUUUAAAUACUCAAGACAGAGUGCUAUAA